UCUCGUGACAGGUACUUCCGCUCGGGGCGGCGGCGGUGGCGGAAGUGGGAGCGGGGCUGGAGUCUUGGCCAUAAAGCCCAAGGCGGCGGCGGCGGCGGCGUUGGAGACUGGGAGAUCGCGGAGGAGUUCCCUCGAGCCGGAGCUUGGACUUAUCAGUUCUGCCCUCCGUUGCUUCCUCCUCGGCGGGAGCCUUUGCGACGCGCCCGGCCGGAGCCCGCAGCGCAGCGGCAGUGUUUGAAGGAUGACCUCUAGGAAGAAAGUAUUGCUGAAGGUUAUCAUCCUGGGAGAUUCUGGGGUUGGCAAGACAUCGCUCAUGAACCAGUACGUCAACAAGAAAUUCAGUAAUCAGUACAAAGCCACAAUAGGAGCAGACUUUCUCACCAAGGAGGUGAUGGUGGAUGACAGACUAGUCACGAUGCAGAUCUGGGACACAGCAGGACAAGAAAGGUUCCAGUCUCUUGGCGUGGCCUUCUACAGAGGGGCAGACUGCUGUGUUCUGGUAUUUGACGUGACUGCCCCCAACACAUUCAAAACCCUGGAUAGCUGGAGAGAUGAGUUUCUGAUCCAAGCCAGUCCCCGGGAUCCUGAAAACUUUCCCUUUGUUGUGUUGGGAAACAAGAUUGACCUCGAAAACAGACAAGUGGCCACAAAACGGGCACAGGCCUGGUGCUACAGCAAAAACAACAUUCCCUACUUCGAGACCAGUGCCAAGGAGGCCAUCAACGUGGAGCAGGCGUUUCAGACAAUUGCACGGAACGCACUUAAACAGGAAACGGAGGUGGAGCUGUACAAUGAGUUCCCUGAACCUAUCAAACUGGACAAGAACGACCGGGCCAAGGCCUCAGCAGAAAGCUGCAGUUGCUGAAGGGGCAGCGAGAGCAGAGCACAGAGUCCUUCCCAAACAGAGAACACACUUAGGCCUUCAACACAAGCCCCUCUCCUCUUUUAAACAAAACGUAAAGUGAUCUCUCACAUCCAGCUGCCAAAAGAAACCCCACCAAACACAGUCUCACCCCACACAUCUCUCAUACAUAAACACACACACACACACACACACACAUCUGACGCAAGCAAACUCCAGCUUGUGCCUGUGAUGGCUCCUUGGGGUCUGCCCACUCACUACAUGAGCCCUGUGUGUGGCAGCAGCACAGGCCUGCUGUAGAAACCGUUCUGAUGUGGAGUCGGCAUUGGAAGCUUAUUCUUUUUGUCCACUGGAGAGAGAGAGAGAGAGAGAACUGUUUACAGUUAAUCUGUGUCUAAUUAGUUAUCUGAUUUUUUUAACGGUCUUGUGGUCUUUUUACCCUCUCCCAGCCCCCCCAUUGAAGGCUGCUCCUUGAGAAGGCUGGUGCCCCCACGCUUCAUUACAGGCUCACGCCCAGUCUGGUCAGGCUGAGUUUUGUAUGUAUCUGUUAAUGCUUGUUACUUUUAACUAAUCAGAUCUUUUUACAGUAUCCAUGUAUUAUGUAAUGCUUCUUAGAAAAGAAUCUUAUAGUACAUGUUAAUAUAUGCAACCAAUUAAAAAUGUAUAAAUUAGUGUAAGAAAUUCUUGGAUUAUGUGUUGAAGUCCUGUAAUGCAGGCGUGUAAGAUGGAGGGUUGAACCCUGUCUGGAUUGCAGAGUGUUAGUAACCCAGAAUUGGAAAUCCCGCUAGCGGCAGUAUUCUGUACAGUAGACACGAGAAUUAUGUACGCCUUUUAUCAAAGACUUAAGAGCCAAAAAGCUUUUCAUCUCUCCAGGGGGAAAUUUCUGUCUAGUUCCCUUCUGUGUCUAAAUUUUCCAAAAGGUUGAUUUGCAUAAUACAGUGCUGUGUGCAAUGGAUAAAUGGCUGUUAUUUCAGAAAUUAAAAUUCUCAUUUUCUUUUUUCCCUGCUCCACAUUUCAAAACUCCCCUAUUAGAUCAGCAUCCUACUACAAGAGGGAAAGAAAAACCCUAACGGAUUUGUCCUAGUGAUUUUUACCUUUGUUCUAGAAGGCGCUCCUUUCAGGGUUGUGGUGUCUUUAGGUUAGAGACCUUUUUCUCCUUUCCCUGCCCAUCUCCCGACAGUCCCCGUCAUUCAUUAACUGUCCUUUGGUUGGACCCCUAGCGGUUCUGCUCCCUCCCAGGAUCUGCCCCGCAUUGUCGCUUGCUUACUGGAGCACUUCCCCUUUUUCCAAAAGUCCACAUUCUAGGGUGUGGGCUGAGUUCUUCUGUAAAGAGAUGAACGUGAUGCCAAUAAAAUUUAACAAGAACAAAGAU